AUGUGUCAGGUUCAGGUGUUCCACUUCCGCCGCUCCUCGCCCAUCGCCGACCUCAAGUCGAAGAUCUCCGGCGUGGAGGAGCUGCUGGAGGAGUUCCGCAAGCAGCUGCAGCAGCAGGACCGCGCGGCCGACGGGGGCGACUCGUGCGCGGGCGACUUCAGCGCCGUCGGGGAGCGCAUCAUCCGCACCAAGGCCUCCAUCGAGCAGGGGGCCACGUUCCUGCUGGCCCCGGAGCGGGUGCUCACCUGGAGGGACUGCCUGCACUCCUGCUGCUCGCAGCCGCACUGCACCGUGGCGGUGGUGCAGGCGGAGCCGCGGCAGCCCGGAGACAGUCUGAGCUGCUACCUGUUCAACUGCACCUACCGGGGGAGAAGCGUGUGCUCCUUCGCCCCGCAGCCGGGAUUCAGCACGUACACCAGGGGCCACAACGCCACCAGCGCCCCGGGACACCUCCCUGCCUCGGCCGGGGGAGCAGCCGCGGGAUCAGCCGGGAGGCCCGGGGAGGGACCGGCCGAGGAGGACGAGGCACCAGGUGGGGAGGUGGUGGUGGAGAUCCGGGAUGUGGACGAGCCCCCCCGCAGCGACGCUGGGCAGGACGUGGUGAUCCAGCUGCCCACGGACUGGGCCGUCCUGGACGGGCGGGACAGCGUGGACGACCGCGGCAUCAACCACUACGAGUGGACCCUGGUCAAAGGAGACACAGGCAUCGACAUGAAGGCCACGCACCCGGGGCUCCUGAAGGUCAGCGGCCUGCAGGAGGGCGUGUACGCCUUCCAGAUGACGGUCAGCGACAACUCGGGUCAGAAGAGCUCCGACAACGUCUCGGUCACUGUGCUGGCGCCCAAACACCAAGCAGAAGUGUGCACUGGUCACUGUUCAAACUACCAGUUCAGGUGCGAUGACGGCUGCUGUAUAGACAUCACCUACGCCUGCGAUGGGAAGCAACACUGUCCAGAUCGGUCAGAUGAAGACUUCUGCCCAAACUUUGACAGCAGCAGGAAGACGGUGAGCCACCCUGUGGACCUGCCCUCCCCGCGUGGGGGUUCUGGAGCCCGGACGGAGGAGGCUGAGUCUGGGUCCAGGCUCCAGGACGGGCCCAGGGACCACCAGGAGAACAUCGUGUCCACUGGGGACAGAACCAAGACCGGGCCUGCUCAAAGUCCCGGUCAGCAGAGGAGUUCAGUCACUCAAGAUCCCUGCGCUGCCGCCCCGGUGGUGGGACCCUGUAAAGGCAGCUUCCCUCGCUGGUACUACGACCACAACGCCGGCGAGUGCAAACACUUCCUGUACGGAGGCUGCCAGGGCAACCACAACAACUUCCUGCAGGAAGCAGACUGCAUCAGUGAAUGUAUACAGAAGAGUCCAGUUUUCAAACCUGCAACCGUGGCUCCUCCCAUCACCAAACCGACAGAGAUAGCUGCACCUAAAGUCUCCCAGAGCCAAUCAGAGAGCGACGUCCCCAUCUCCAAACCCUUUCCAGCGAUGGGAGGACAUCCUGUCCCGGAGUCAGGCGCCAUCCUGCCUCUGGCUCUCGGGCUCCUCAUCACUGCUCUGCUGCUGCUCAUGAUCGGCUGCCGCCUCAAACUCGUUCGCCACAAGCUGAAGAAAACCCGGCCCCUGACCACCGAGGAGUCGGAUUACCUCAUCAACGGCAUGUACCUGUAGCCAGAACCCGGGGGGGCAGCGAGUAUUAAGAGCUGACGAAUUAGAAAAUCACGAAGAGCUGAUGCCAGGACUUUUUCAAAUGUGCACUCCCGACUCUCUGGUGUCAUGAACGUUUCCCUGCAUUUGAACGACUGGACCUGCUGCUGCUGUCAGAACCGAUGACACAGAGAGUUCACACUGCUGCUUAAUCCAC